AUGGCGGACGAGCCCAAAUCACCAUCGCCGGCCGUGGAACCAUCACAACCACGACAGACCGAAGCAGGAACAAGUGAGCAACCUGAAGUUGAUGCACCUGGCAAUGAUGGCGAAAGUACCGUCGAGACUGUCGAUCCACUGGAAGUAGACAUCUCCAGUGACUCAGGAUUUGCAGAAGACGAUGUUGGAUCGGAGACGACCUCAAUCACAUCCUCGUUACUGCGUGGACAUAUCGAAAACGGGCGAAAGGGCCCUUCGGAUGAUCAACAGUUCGAGACGAUGGACGCAGGUCACUUGUUCUAUCUGUUGAUGGAAAGUGGUCACGACAACCUGCUGUUUCGCUCGCCACUGAAGUCGCCCAAGCACAUCCUCGACAUUGGCACCGGCACUGGCACGUUUGCAGUCGACGUUGCAGACAAGUUUCCAGAUGCAACUGUGUACGGUGUCGACUUGUAUCCUCCGCCCACACCUUGGGUGCCUCCCAACUGCUUUCUGCAGGUCGAAGAUGUCCUUCACGACUGGUCGUGGUCACAUAAGUUCGACCUUGUCCACAUGCGUCUGAUGCUGGGCGCCUUCACCAACAAUGAAUGGGACGCCUUGUACAGGACGAUCUACGAGAACCUCGAGCCCGGCGGUUGGCUCGAACAAGUCGAGCUGGAUGUGCGCGUGAUGUCUGACGACGGCACUCUCGCCAAAGACUCGUUCCUGGCUGGCUGGGGCGACAACUUCCUUGGAUGCUCUAAGCGCAGUGGGCGACCUCUUUCCACGCAAGAGACCAUGGCUGGGAGAAUGGCAGAGGCGGGAUUUGUCAAUCUGAACGACCACUUAUUCAAAUGUCCGCUCGGCUCUUGGCCCAGGGAUAGGCGUUUGAAGGAAGCUGGGCGAGUCAACUUCCACCACUGGUCGUCUGGGUUGGAUGGUUGGGCUAUGUGGCUGUUGACCAAACAUGGAGCGCCGAAGCCGUGGAGCGCGGAUGAGGUGAGAGUGUAUGUUGCGAAGGUGAGACAGGAGCUGAAGCAAAAGGGGCUUCACAUCUACCACUUGACGUGA